AUGAAGCAGCUACAGAUACUCCUGCUCGGGGCGGUCUUGUUACUGAUGAUGGCACUAAUGCUGACCGUGCACGGUGAACCGAUCAAGACGGGUCACGGUCACCAUCACCAUCAGUCACAUCACCAUCAUCAUAAGAAAAAGCACGGCGGACAUCACAAUAUGAUAUACUUUUUUGAUGAUCCAUUCGAGACGAACGGACGUUGGCUCCAGGGCGAGAACGAUCAGUGCAACUGUGAGGUGAUCGUGCAGAAGAUGAAGAGACUGCGCGAGCAGGUGCUGAAGGUUAUUAGUUCCUUCGACAAGCUGCUCCAGGCUCAGGUGGACCUGCGGAACAUAAAGAAUUUGCUGAAGAAUAUAGACCUGAGCUUAACCACGCUAGGAGGAUUCGUGUCGAGUAGCGAGAGCCAGAUCGCUUUCCUCGAGCAUCAAACACAUUCGAUUUCAUUGCAGCUCAGUCGAGCCAAGGCAGGUGUGGUGCAUCUCAUCACGAGAGAGAACCUGGUGGAUGCGCUGGGAGCAAUAAAAUCGACCAGCGAAGAGCCCCCUCUGCAGGAGUUGGAUGAGAUCGUGUACAGUUCGUGUCAGGACCGUCGCAUCGUAAAGACGGGCGUGUACAAAGUGUACGUCAACAUCACCAAGAGCAUGUACGUGCUGUGCAGCUUGGACUUUGGUCAGAAUGCUUGGACGGUAAUUCAGAACCGUUUCGAUGGUUCGGAAACGUUCUUCCGCCCGUGGAAACACUACCAGGUAGGGUUCGGGUAUUACGGAUACGGCGAGUACUGGCUGGGGUUGGAAAACAUCUUCUCGAUGAUGUCGGGACGAGACUACGAGCUGCUCGUACUGCUGGAAGACUUUGACGGUAAGUUCGCGUACGCCAAGUAUAAGUACUUCCGCAUCGAGGGCGAAAAGGACGAUUACAAGCUGGCCAAGCUGCACGGCUACGUCGGCAAUGCGGGCAACUCGCUGCAGUUUGCUGAGGGCAUGAAGUUCUCCACGUACGAUCGGGACAACGAUAAGUCGGCGCAAGAGAAUUGUGCGCAAGAACUCCACGGGGGCUGGUGGUAUAAGGCGUGCGGUGACAGCAACUUGAAUGGUGCGUACCGCAAGGAGUACUCGCACGACCAGACCGGUAUGUUCUGGAAGGAGUUCCGCGGCUUACACUACAGCUUGAAGCGGUCCCGUAUUAUGAUCCGAAACAGGAAGGAACACUAUCACCAUCAUAAACCGCACUAUCAGCACCACGGCUACCACCGAAUAGAUGUGGAGGAUGCCGAAGUGGAGGAAGAGGACGAAGAUGAAGAAAACUACGAGCCAGGCUUUGUAGUUGAGUUCUAG